AGGAUUAUUUUUUAUUUUUUUACAAAUUGAUUUGCAAGUUGACUGGUUAUAUGAAAAAUACUUGAUCCAUCCUUAAUAAUGUAGGCGUUUGCGUUUAAUUCAUUGAUUAGGUAACCAGAAAAAAUCUUCUGACAAAGGCUAUAUCUGCCACAUGAUUUAGCCUACAGUAGAAACAGUAUGUGAAUUUGUCUGUAGUCUACAUGCUGGACAUAAAAUGUAUGACAACGUGCUGUAUUGAGACUGAAUUAGAGGGUGAUCACUCUGGAAUUUAUACACUGAUUGAGUAGGUAAAGUUAUGGAGAUUGUACUCCUAAUAGAGUGAUGGUGAGAAAGACAGUUCCUCAGUUUAGGGUUAUUUUAUGUUGAUUGGAGGUUAAAUGUUUGCAAUUCUGUAACAUGCCACUCAGCUUUUAAAAAUCCAAUUAACUGUCCAUUUAUCCAUACAAGAUGUGGUCUGGAAAUAAUAAACAUGAAUACAAUGGCAUCAAUACUAAGAAGGCACAUUCAUUUAGCAAUAACAGAACGAGAUAUACAGCUUUCAUCUGUUAUAAUAAUCCAAUGACUGAAACGAAAUGACAAGUAGCUACCAACAUCAGACUAACCAUCUAACAAUGACAGGUGAAAAUGUAGCUAACAAUGUUAGAUAGCUACCAUAAAAAAGAGACACAAUUGAUCAGUUUGGCCUGGUGGUAGGCUCUAGGAAGAGUUUUGGCUACUGUGUUCUUGGGGACCUUCAAUGCUGCAACAUUGUUUUGGUACCCUUCCCCAGAUCUAUGCCUCGACACAAUCCUGUCUCUGAGCUCCAUGGACAAUUCCUUUGACCUCAUGUCUUGGUUUUUGCUCGGACAUGCACUGUCAACUGUGGGACCUUAUAUAGACAGGUGUGUGCCUUUCCAAAUCAUGUCCAAUCAAUUGAAUUGACCACAGAUGGACUCCAAGUUGUAGAAACAUCUCAAGGAUGAUCAAUGGAAACAGAUGCCCCUGAGCUCAAUUUCUAGUAUCAUAGCAAAGGGUCUGAAUACUUAUGUAAAUAAGGUAUUUCACUUAUUUAAAAUGUCUAAAUCUGUUUUCGCUUUGUUAUUAUGGGGUAAUUGUGUGUAGAUUGCUAAGCAUUUAAAAAAAUCCCUUUUAGAAUAAGGCUGUAACGUAACAAUGUGGAAAAGGUAAAGAGGUCUGAAUACUUUCCGAAGGAACUGUAUAUAGAGACUUUACAGUUGGCACUAUGUAUUCGGACAGGUAGCAUUCUCCUGGCAUCCACCACACCCAGAUUUGUCUGUCAGACUGCCAGAUGAGGGAGUGUGAUUCAUCACUCCAGAGAACGCGUUUCCACUGCUCCAGAAUCCAAUGGCGGUCAGCAUCAUGACAGGCCAGAGAGUAUCCAUGAAGGAACCAGUAUGUCUGAUAGAGAACGACAGUGAUGGGAAGCUGCGUGUGGUCCGCAGUGCACUGGACAUCCUGGACCAGAUUGACCAGCAUGUGGUAGUGGUGUCGGUGGUCGGGCUGUACCGCACCGGCAAGUCCUACCUCAUGAACAAGCUGGCUGGAGAGAGGAAAGGUUUUGCCCUGGGAGCCACCAUCCAGUCCAAAACUAAGGGCAUCUGGAUGUGGUGUGUGCCUCACCCUGAAAAAAGAGACCACACCCUGGUGCUGCUGGAUACAGAGGGGCUGGGGGAUGUGGAGAAGGGUGAUGAGAAGAAUGACAACUGGAUCUUUUCCCUGGCUGUCCUACUCAGCAGUACUCUGGUGUACAACAGCCUGGGAACCAUCGACAACAACGCCCUGGAGAAACUACACUAUGUGACAGAACUGACAGAGCACAUCAAGGUGAAGUCCAACCAGCGAGACGGGGAGGAAUCUUCAGAGUACCUGCGUUACUUUCCUUCCUUUGUGUGGACAGUCAGAGAUUUCACCCUGACCCUGGAGGUUGAUGGGAGACCCAUCACAGCCAAUGAGUACCUGGAGAAUGCUCUUAAACUGAAAACAGGUCAAAGUGCAAAGGUUCAGCAGUACAACCUGCCUCGUAGUUGCCUGCGGAACUAUUUCUCUCCUCGCUGGUGCUUUGUGUUUGAGAGGCCAGCCAGCGGAGACAAAAUGAGACGUAUGGAGGAGCUGACCGACGCUGACCUGGAGCCUGCCUUUGUGGAGCAAGCCAAGGAGUUCUGUGACCACGUCUUCAAUGAAGCCAAGACCAAGACCCUGAAACAGGGCCUGAAAGUUACCGGCAGACUUCUGGGGAACCUGGCAGAGACAUAUGUGUCUGCCAUCCGGAGCGGGCAGAUCCCCUGCCUGGACAAUGCUGUGUUGGCGCUGGCCCAAAUUGAGAACUCCAGUGCCAUCAGGAGGGCCAGGGCCCACUACCAGAAGGGCAUGGCUGACUGGGUAGCCUACCCCACAGAGACCCAAGAGGAGCUGUCUGAAGUGCAUGCUGUCAUGGAGAAGGAGGCUGUGGCCAUAUUCAUCAACAACUCCUUCAAAGAUGAGGACCAGAAGUACCAGUUGGAGCUCAUGAAAGUGCUUCAAGAGGAGUAUGAGAAGAUCUGUGAGAGGAACUACAAGGAGUCCCAGAAGUCAUGCGAGUCCAAAAUCCAAUGCAUCUUUGCCCCCCUGGAGGAGAAAAUAAGGGAUGGCUCCUACAUGACCCCUGGAGGAUAUAAAGAGUACUGCAACGACCUGAAACUGGCCACCAGCGAAUACAGAUCUGAGGGAGGCAGGGGAGUGAAGGGUGAAGAGGUACUGAAUGAGUACUUGGAAAGGAAGGCCAGCAUUGGUGAGGCCAUCCUGUCAGCAGACCAGUCUCUCACUGAAGCUGAGCAGAGAGCAGAAGCCGAGCAAGCAAGAAGGGAGGCAUCUGAGCGGGAGAAUCGAGCCAUGGAGGAGCAGCUGGUUGUCCAGGAGAGGUUGAGAGCGGACCAGCAGAGGACAUAUGAGGAGAAUGUGAACCAGCUGAUGGAGAGGAUGGAGAGAGACAGCAGAAAUGCCAUAGCAGAGCACGAUAGAGUUCUACAGGCCAGACUGAAGGAGCAGAGUGAUCUCCUCCAGCAAGGAUUUGAUGACAAAGCAAGCCAAAUGCAAAGAGAGAUAGAUUCCCUUAAGGAUGCGAAGGCACAAGAGGUAGAGAAUAGGCCAUCAUUCAUUAGCAAGGCUCUGGAUACUGUUGGGACUGCAGCUACAAUGUUCCUACCAGGAAUAUUCCCCAAAAUUGGAGGAAUAGCUUUGAAAUUAUUUUCAAAGUUGUUCUGAUGAAAGUUCUCAAGGAGAAUGAUAAACUAUCAAAUUAGUAUUAUUCCCAUAGACAAGUUUAAUAAUUUAUUGAUUCAAUCAGUAUUUAUUGAAGUUAAUGACUGAUUUACUUUAGAUUAAGCACUUAAGUAAGGUUGUAUUUCUUUGGUGUUAUGUUAGUUUUGACUACAAUACAAAAAAAUUUAAGGAAAGCUUUAAAGACGUUUUUGCAGUUAUUUUUUUUUACUAUUAUUAUUUUUACUAAUAUCGAAAGAUUGAUCAGUGCCUAAAUGAUCUACUUGAAGUUUAGUUUGAUGAGGUGCAUUUGUUAUUGCACCAGACAUGCUUUCCUAGUUAUAGUUAUGCAUCCAUAGUUAUAAAUUAUGUGGUUAACUGUACGGCUAAUUGGCAACAUUGACCUGUCAAAAGCUUUCGAUACUGUUGAUCACUCACUGCUAAUUUAGAGGCUUUCCUCAAUUGGCCUGCAUGUAACUGGUUUAAAAAUGACUUGACAGAUAGAACUCAAUGUGUAUCUACUGAUGGUGUUAAAUCAGGUUUCCUGGAUAUUAUGAAAGGUGUCUCGCAGGGGUCAAUUCUGGGUUCUGUACUUUUCACAUGAACAAUAUCAACUUGUCUGUUAACUUGUAACCUGCACAUGUAUGCCGAUGAUACUGUUGUGUGUGCUAUUGUCACCAUAUUAGCUAACAUCAUUGUCAACAUAGCUACUGGAACUAACGAGUUAGUAAACCCACUACACUGACACAGUAGUGUACAGCAAGCAAUAUAGCAAUUACACCGGCGGGCCCCAGUGGCAAUAAAAUAAGGAAACCGAAAGCUUACCUUGACUUGGAAGAGUUCCAGUGUUGGAUAGCCUUAGCUAGCAUAAAUAGAAUCCCUCUCUUUAUGAGCAGGGUGUUUGAGUAGGCUAAAUUAGCUAGCUCCAUUAGCUAACUAAGAAAGUGAAAAUGAGAAAUAAAAUACAACAAAAUAUAGCUAGCUAGCUCUCUCUCUCUCUCUCUCUGUUGCUUCUCCUUAAUUUAGAAUAAAUUAAUUUGUUCAAAACUGUUCAACUAUUUUAUAUCUCUGAGUCAACUACUCACCAGAUUGUAUGCUAGCUAGCUAGCUGUAGCUUAUGCUUUCAGUACUAGAUUAAUUCUCUGAUCCUUUGAUUAGGUGGACAACAUGUCAGUUCAUGCUGCAAGAGCUCUGAUAGGUUGGAGACUGUCCUCCGGAAGUCAUCAUAAUUACUGUGUAAGUUCAUGUAAGGGGGUGAGAACCAUGAGCCUCCUAGCUUUUGUAUUGAAGUCAAUGUACACAGAGGAGGAUGGAAAAUAGCUCUCUUCUGGCUACAACAUGGUGCUACCCCAGUGUGUUUUAAUCAGUUAUUUGGUGACAUGUUCAUAUAGUGAGUAUAGUUUUAAAUAAAACUGUUUCACAAUUGUUUUA